AUGGCCAGCGUACUCUUUGAUGACCUGUGGAUGCACAUCUCUGCAGUGUUUGGCCUGCUUAUACUGACCAAGCUUGUUUGGGAUAUUCUCUUCUCGCCGCUGAGGAGUUUUGGAGGGCCCCUUUUUGCAAAAUUCACGGAUGUCUGGCGAGCCAGCCAAGCGUAUGGUGGCUUUCUCGAUCGGAAAUAUGUUCAGCUACAUAGACGGUACGGCUCUGUCCUCCGGGUUGGUCCAAACGCCCUGAGUAUAUCAGACCCGAGCUUAAUUCGAGUGAUCUAUUCGACUCGCAAUCCGUGGAAGAAGAGUGACAUGUAUCGCCCUAACGACGUCCUCAUUAACGGUCACCGCAUAUCCAACCUUUUCAACACCCAAGAUGAAGAAUGGCAUAAUCAAAACAUCCUCCCUAUCCGGAACCUAUGGCGAAUGACUAAAGUCUUGGAAUACGAGCCCCUAAUUGACGAGACUCUCCAGAAGUUUGUCGAUAAGAUCACUGCUAAGUUUGCGGAUGGGAAAGUCUGCCCGGCAGAUGAAUGGAUUGGAUACUUCGCAUGGGAUGUGACCGCCAAUAUAAGUUUCGGCCGUCACUAUGGCUUCAUCGACCAGGAGAAAGAUGUGGAUAGUCUAAUCACGGACUCGACCAAGGGCCUCAUUUAUUUUGCUCCCGUUUCUCAAAUCCCAUGGAUCGAUCUUCUCCUUGACAAAAACCCGAUUGUUCGCAUUGGGCCCAAGCCUACUCUCACGGGAGUUCUCUAUGCCUUCAAAGUGGUUGCAGAAUAUCAGGCACAAUUGAAGGAAGAUCGCAUCAAGGCUGGCACCGUGGACCACACACUGGACAAGUAUGUCCAACUCAAGGAUACCUACCCGGACAUGGUCAACGACCAGCAGAUUGUCAACUGGCUGAUGCUGAGUAUUCUUGCGGGAGGCGAUACCACAUCUUCAACAAUGCGUGCGAUCGUUUAUUAUCUGGCCAAGGAUUCCGACGCCUACCAAAAACUUGUGACGGAGUUGGAAUCCGCUUCGCUUUCCCUCCCAGCUCAAUGGAAGGAUAUCCGCGAGCUGCCUUACCUUGACGCGGUCAUCCGAGAAGGCAUGCGAAUCAACCCAGGAAUUGCCAUGGUCUUUGAGCGUGUGGUACCGGACGGAGGGUUUACACUUCCUGAUGGCCGGUAUAUCCCUGCAGGAACCAAAGUGGGCAUCAACCCGGCUGUGACGAAUCGAGACUACGGAGUGUUUGGCGAUGACGCAGAUGUCUUCCGCCCUGACCGUUGGCUCAAACGGGACGACGAAAGUGCUGAAGCAUACCACGAACGCCAUCGACGAAUGAACGACACCUGUGACUUUGUGUUCGGCGGCGGUGGACGCAUUUGCAUGGGUCGGUAUCUAGCGAUGUUGGAGAUCAAGAAAUUGAUUGCAACUCUCUAUAGCGCAUUUGAUAUGCAACUGGUUGAUCCUCAGCACGAGUGGACGUAUCGGAAUGCCUGGUUUGUGUACCAGAGUGACAUGCCAAUGACCAUUAGCCGUCGACCAAAGUAG